AAAGAUCUUCCAGCGGUUUGAGAGCCACGCGCCGUGCGCUGCUGACAUCCCUUUGCCGUGAUCUUGCAAAAGCAGCGGUAGAAAGACAUCUCUGAGUGGCGCAGUUCAGUUGUCUAGGGUGCCUCCUUUUGCAGAAGAGACCUUGCUGGAGCGCCGCAGCAGUUAUUAUUCUAUUCCGCAGAGCAGACUAUGUCUUAUCGGCCGGUGGACGACGGCAGCUCGGCCCGGUCUCACCCGCAACACCACCCUGCAGCAGCUGCCCAUCAGGACGGCUACAUCGCGAAUCUGGACGACUCGAGCAUCCCCGGCAGCUGCCGCAGCCUGUACCUGACCAUACUGGCCAUCUCGCUGUUCCUCUGCCUGGGCCGCACCGACUUCAACAUGCCCAUCUACCUGAUGGGCUACUUCAUCUGGGCCACAGGGGAGAGCAGCAAGGCCGGCACGCUGUGGCGGUCCAUCGUGCAGCUCAACUGGGUGCUGACCGGGCUGCUGGUGCUGGACGGCAUCUGGGUGACGGUGGCGAUGCUCUCGUGGUUUUGCGACGCGUGUGUGCUAGACCUGAAGUUGCGGUGGGAGGAGGGGCUGCACCACUUUGUGCUGUAUGCGUCGUGCCUCAACUGGGUGGGCAAGGCGGUGGUCAUGUUUCUGCAGAGCAUGUGGGUGCAGAUGAGGAGGGGCGUCGUCAGGCAGGUGGGAGUGGCAGGGGGGAUGGGGAUGGCGGCGGUGGCUGAGGGGGCCGCAGCAGGCCAUAUGAGGUACUCGACGGUUGACACGGCACUCACCGCGGACAUGGCCAGUGCGAGGAUGCAUUGAAUAUUCAAGGGGAUAGUGGAGAAAGUGCGUGCCUGUAUGUGUGUCGGCUGACUCGGCUCUUUCUGACGAUGGACAGAAAGGGCGACACGGCGCGGCAUGUGUGUGGUCUGACUGCAUAGUAUUUGCAAGCGCAAGUUUAUCUCGGUUCUUUGCGUGAUGCGUGUCGGUGGAUGGACGCUUUAUGGACGACUCUCCUUCCUUCAUGUGUCAACGCAUUCCGCU